AUGGAGAUGGAGGACAGGGAGAGCACGGAUUCGGGUUCGCUUAGCGGCAACCCGGAAUCCGAGUCGCCGCCGUUGAGCGGCGUCGGGGACUACGCCGACCACGGCGCCGUUGCUUCCGGCGGCGGAGGCGGCUCUGUUCAUGGGCUGAUAAACGUGAACAUAAGCGUGGAGCAAGCAACCGCGGCGGCGGCGGCUGCGGCUGCGGGCCCUCCCGCGGCGGAGGCUGGUGGUGGGGUUUUCGGAGUUGGCGGAGGGGGCGGCUUAGUGAGCGGUGGCUCCGGCGGCGGCGGAAGCAGCGAUUUGUCGACGGGGAGGAAGAAGAGGGGGAGGCCAAGAAAGUACGACGCGGAGGGGAACUUGAACCCGGCGUACAUAAAGAUAAAGUCGUCUCCUUUGGCGCCGCCGCCGCCGCAGACUGGGUUCACCCUGUCAACCCCGCCGUCGUACGAGAACUCCGGCGGCCGGAAAAGGGGGCGCGGCAAGCAUCAUUCUAGGCCGACAAGCUGGCCGGCUAAUGCUAUGGCUUCUUUGGGUGAAUUGCUUGCAAACACAGCAGGAGGUGACUUCACACCCCAUGUGGUAACUGUACAUGCCGGAGAGGAUGUUGCUGGGAAGAUACUCACAUUUGCACAGAAGGAUCACAGAGGAAUUUGUGUUCUAUCUGCUAAUGGAUCUGUCUCGAACGUUACUCUUCGUCAGCCAGGCUCGUCCGGAGGCUUAUUAACAUACGAGGGUCGAUUUGAGAUUUUAACGUUAACGGGUUCUUACACAAUUUCUGAUAAUGGUGGAAUGAUAAGCCGUUGUGGAGGAUUAAGUGUGUCAUUAGCUAGCCCAGAUGGCCGGGUGAUUGGUGGUGGUGUAGCAGGUUUACUUAUGGCAGCUAGCCCAAUUCAGUUAUCGACUGUAUUUGUCUUCAUUAUUUGA